GUGUUGUUCGGUACGGCGCAGUCGCAACAGUAACAGUAAUCAGCAGCAGAAGCAGCAGCAGCUUUUUUUGUCGCCAACGAAAUUGGAGCUGAAGCUGCAAUCGUCUCCCAGUUUGAUCUGUUGUGUCGGGUCGACCGUGCAACAAAAGACGCAGUAGCAGCAACAGCAACAAUAAAAGCCUAUAAUUUUUUAUGAAUGUGUAAAAAAUCAAAGCGCGCGUGCGUGUGUGUGAAUGUGUCAGUGUGUGUGUGCAUGUUCAUUCAUUGAAAACGUAGCAGCAGCAGCAGAAGCAAAGAACAACAAUGCAGUCGUCGCUGUAACGUCAACGUCGACAGCGAUUGGGCAGCAUAGCAUCCACAACAACAGCAACAACAUCCACAUAACGAUCACUUCGCAUGCGAAACUCAACGAGCGCGCAUCAAAAUCAAAUUCAAACGGUUACGGUUACGUUUACGGCAAAAGAGUAACGAACUACUGUUAAAAAGCACUGAAAAGAACUUAAAAAAAGUGCCCGCCCUGAAGACUAUGAAAAGAUAUUUUGUGUGCAUACAAUAAAAGAUACAACAACAAUAACAAGUAAGAAAGCGACCGCAGAAUGAACGAAUGACUGAACAAACGGUAACGGUGGUAAACUUCAAAAGGCACAGUCGUAAUUGAAAUCGAAUUAAAGCAACGUGCAAAAAAAAUAAAAGAAAGAAUUGUACUAAAAGGCAAGGCGAUAAAAAAGAAAUUAUGCUACAUUGUGCGAGAGGUCAGAUAGCCGAGAAACAGAUACCAAUGCACAAAUAAGAAGAACAGAUACACGGAGAUUGUUAGAAGCAGGAGUUGAUCGUGUAAUUGCGAAAACGUCGCUUAAUGUUUAAUAGGCAACGAAUGAACUCAUAAAAGGGCCACCAAGCUAAACACGAAUGAGCGAACCGCGAACCGCGGAACCACAAGACCAAACGACAGCGACAAGCAACCGUUAAUUCGAACGUUGGCAGCGACGCCAGCAUCAGCAACAACGACAAAGUCAACGUCAACGUCGACGUCAGCGUCAGCCUGAACUUUUGCGUACUUGCGCUUGCACCAGUUCUUUUAAAGCGCCGUGCAUAGACAGACGGCGGGAAGAGGUACUACAAAACUUUCUUCAACGCAAGUCCAAGUCAAAGUCGAAGUCGUGUCGUGAUCUUUGCAUGCCGUCGCAAAGCUGGUGUUGAACUUGAGAAGCUGAAGCAACAACAACAACAGCAACUGUUACUAUUUCAAUUGUUAACGAGCGAAAGCGUCGUAGUCACGCACACACAGUCAACUUCGUCGUCGCCGUCAUCGUCGUCGUCGUUUUUGUUGUUUUUCGUCUAGCCUAAGCCAGGAAAGUGCAGUCGACAGUGAAAAUGAUGUACUCGAUCCAGACGCAGUUCCAGCCGCGCUUCAGGCUAAAGUUCCAGCGCCAGCUGUUUGGCGUACUGUUAGCAUUUAUGUUAACGGCAACCCCCACUAAUGGCGCCGUAACAGACUCACCCAUUAAGAUCAUCAAGCUGCCCGCCCAGGCGCCUGUGAUACGCUACCGCAGCGCGGAUGCAGAGUCGGAUUCGCUGUUGAUCAACUAUCGGCAGGAUGCACAGCCGGAAUUAUCCGCAACAUUGUUGCAGGCGCCGGGAGCAGCGGCUGCAGCAUUGGAGAAUCUGCUGCAGGAGGAGGCGGAUCAGCAACAGCAGCUGAGCAUGGGACGUCAGCAUCGGGCAAGCGCCUCCAGCAGCACCAACAACUGUCCACGCUCGUGUCCGCCCAGCUUGACGGUGGGUGCGGAGCCUGUUUGUGGCAGCGAUGGUCUCAUCUAUGCCAAUCUCUGUGAGCUGCGCAAGAAGACGUGUGCCCGCAAUGGCGUCUCUCUGAUCAAGGAUGUGCGCGAUGGCUGUGAACGCUCGAAAGGAUCCGAUUGCAAGCAUCGCUGCAGCACCGAAAAGGAUCCUGUGUGCGGCACCGAUGGACGCACUUAUCUCAAUCGUUGCAUGUUGCGUGUCCAAUCCUGUCGCGUUGGCCUCGCCGCCGUCAAGCUGUCCCAUGUGGGUCCUUGCAGCAACACCAGUGCCCAGCGUGAAUCCUGCCCCGUUGACUGCAACAGCGCGCCCAAGGAUGGACCCAUCUGUGCCUCCGAUGGCAACGUUUACAACUCCACCUGCGAGAUGAAGCUGCACACCUGUGGACAGGGCGUGGUCAAAACCAGUCGGAAGCAUUGUCAAUCCACGAGAAUGUGCCGCGAAUCCUGCUGGCGUGUUGCAAGACCCACCUGUGGCUCCGAUGGCCGCCUCUACGCGAGUCCCUGCAAGAUGCGCUCCACCAACUGUGGCAAGCAUGUCUUUGAGGUGCCUCUCUCCUUCUGCAUGCCCCAGGAGCGACAUGGCAGCCAGGCAGCGGAAACCUGCCCCACUGAGUGCCCCAAAUCAGAUGGGGAUGCCACAUCACAGUAUGUCUGUGGCAGCGAUGGCAACAUCUAUUCAUCGCUUUGCGAACUGAAGAUGCUCAAUUGCGGACCGCAACGCAAGUCCAUACAGAAGAUGAGCAUGGACAAGUGCAAGAAUAGAUUGACUCGCUGCAAGCAGCUGCCGCCUUGCAAGGACUUCAACAAUCUCUUUGGCUCCAUAUUCAGCUCCAAGAGGAAUGACAAACUCUGCGGCACAGAUGCCAAGACAUACAACAAUGAGUGUGAAUUGGCGCAUGCCACCUGCCUACGUGGCGUUAAUCUGGCGCAUAUUGGACCCUGCACGGAUCUCAAUACGCCGGUUAAGGAUUGCGGUGAUGCGUGCACGCGGGCAGAUCUGGAACAGCAGCCGGUUUGUGGCUCCGAUGGCAACACCUUCGCCUCCAUGUGUGAGUUCAAGCGACGCACCUGUAAUCUGCGUGUGGUGUCCGUCUCAUUGAAGAAUUGCGCUCUCACCGCUGACUGUGAGUCCGAUUGUGAUGCCCAGCCGCCAAAUUUCGUCUGCGGUUCGGAUAACAAGUUCUACAAAUCGGAGUGCCACAUGCGGAAGGAGAACUGUGGCAAGCAUGUGUUUGUGGUGCCAUUGAAGCGUUGCUUGGCCGCCUUCCAGUUCAAGGGCUGCGCCCGCAUUUGCCCCAGGGAAUUUGAGCCUGUUUGUGGCAACGAUAAUAAGACCUAUUUGAAUGAUUGCUUCCUGGACAUUGAGAAUUGUCGCACCAAUAGCACAGUGGGUGUGCAUCACUAUGGCGCCUGUGGACGCCCCGAGGCGCCCUCCAAUAAUUUCCUCUACUAACUCCGAAUUCGGACGCGUCAUUUACAUUUUACAUGGCAUUUAAUAUUUUUAGGCUAUAGUCUAUAUGUAUUUUAUGUAUAUUUUUUAAACAAUAUUUAUUGUGUUGGAAUUAAAAAGCCGAACGAACGUACAAAAA